GUGUUCAAUUCCAUUUAUAACACAUUGAGGAAGAAGAUGUUGGAAUAAAUGACAUUCUCUGAAAUCCCCUAAGUCCAGACAUGUGGAAAGAAAUGCAGUGCAAGGUGACUCAGGCCUGGGAAGAACCCUGUUUUGAGGCUUCUAGAUAAAAUGUGCUAAACCAACCACACCGAUUGCUCCAGGAACCAAACAUCUAUUGGAGGAGGUGAAGAAGAAGGGGAACUUCUUGUGGGAUGGAGAAUGUUUCUUCGCUGCCUUCCCAGCCCAAUUUCACCUUCUGGCACGGGAACACCACUUCUGUGCACACAGACAUGCACGGAGGCCUUCAGAGGAGCAUGCAUCUCCUGUCCAUCGUGGUCUACGGGGUGGCGUGUCUCCUCGGGGUGAGUGGGAACGGCCUCGUCAUCUGGAUCGCAGGCUUCAAGAUGAAGAGGACAGUGAAUGUCGUGUGGUUUCUGAACCUGGCCAUCGCAGAUUUCGUCUUCACGUUUUUCCUCCCCCUGAGCAUCGCCUACACAGCUCUGGGCUUCCACUGGCCCUUUGGGAAGCUUCUCUGCAAGCUGAACAGCACCAUUGCCUUCCUCAACAUGUUUGCCAGCGUCUUCCUCUUGACGGUCAUCAGCGUGGAUCGGUGCGUCGCCGUGCUCUACCCCGUGUGGUCCAGAAACUACCGGACCACGAAGCUCGCGUACAACACUGCGCUCGUAACGUGGGGCGCAGCCUUCAUCAUCAGCUCUCCGUAUCUCAUUUUCCGAGACACGGCGACCAAUUCCAGGAACAUCACCAGCUGCUACAAUAACUUCGCCCUCUCGGAUAAUUACGAUGCCGAGGAGACGCGGAGGCUCUGGAGGACGAGGCACAAAGCCAUGAUCGUAGCCCGGUUCCUCUUUGGCUUCCUCUUGCCCUUCACUGUGAUCGUGGUCUGCUACGGCAUCGUGGCCUUCAGGAUGAAAAGGAGGCGCCUGACCAAGUCGACAAAACCGUUCCGGAUCAUCAUUGCCGUCACCGCCUCGUUUUUCCUCUGCUACUUCCCGUACCACGUCUUCUCCUUGCUCGAAAUGUCCAGAGCAUCUGCCAGCCACCAGCUCAAGAUGGCCCUCUACCUGGGGGUCCCCUUGGCGUCCAGCCUGGCGUUCUUCAACAGCUGUAUCAACCCCAUCCUGUACGUGUUUGCAGGGCAGAAGACGUUCCGGCACUCCAUGGUCUCCGCCUUCGAGGGGGCUUUUGGCGACGACUUCCUCCUCUCCUUAUCCAGCAAGAGGAAAUCUAGGUCCAUCUCUCAGGCGGAGAUUCAGAUGGCUUAGCAGCCGAGAGGCGACCGCUUUUUGUGAAACCACCCGCUGCGAGGCCCUUGUCUGGGCCUUUUACACACAGUUGCAUCCCUGUCACAAGGCGCACUGGCUGGUGAAUUUCAGCCGGCAUGCAAGGCAGAAAACACAGCCUGACCUUCAGAACUGCCGCAUUUGCGGCCUUUCGCUCUUUGCCAGUUGCCUACAAAAAUAUUUGAGCGCCAUGCUGUGGCUGCUCGGUGUAUGACUGUCCAAAGAAGCUUCUCUAGAAGUAGAAACCUUGUUCACUAAUGGUUGACGCUCCAGCUGGUCCUAAUCAAGUUAGUGUCCUAAUGUGAUUUCCCCCCUAACCAAA